AGUGUUUUAUGCUUGGAGGGAGAGGGGGAAGAUGAAUGUUAUCACCAGCACCAGUGGGACACCAAUGAUACAAUAACAUGGACGGCCAAGGCAGACAAAAUAUACCGACCAAGAUAUGAAUGUUAGACGUUUGCUCCAAGUGACGUGUCUAUUAGUGUCGUUUUCACUGACCAAUCCGCAGAGUGGCCCGGAUGGUGAGAUCAAAUGUGACUCGCCCGAUUUUCCACCUUCUUUCGAUGAAAAUGUCUUCAAGACUUCAUUAUCGAAGUAUCCGAGGACAAUGAUUCAGCGUCUGAGUAACCAGGAUAUGCUACGGUCAUCUAUCUUCUGGACAUCACGGUACAAACUACACCAAAACAAAAUGGAGGCGCUUACCAAGGAGGCACUCUCCCCUCAACCUGCUGCUAAGGCCACACCCAACCUUGACGUCAUGUGUUCCACUCAUCCUCGAAACUCCAGCAUCAGAAACACGUACGUCUAUAGGGGACAGGACUGCUGGGUCCUGCGGCCCUGGUGGGGUACCGACCUCCACUGGGUGGAGUGUGACAGGUACUGUAAGAAUGGCGGGCUCGACUUCACACGCUUCUGGUACGUGUGUAUCCCUGGAAACAAACGUGCGACUCAGUUCUGGGUGUACUGUCCCGUGACCCGGGAAAUCAAGUUUAUUGUGGAAUGGCUUCCCCAGGCCUGUCUCUGUCAUAGAUACAAGUGCUGA